UUUUAUUUUGAAAAUCCCAUACAGGAAGUGCUUCGUGUUGACUUCCGAGCAGCUUCUGUCAGACCGGAAGUCCACGUCAGUCCUGAGACCGGCGACUGAAGACGAACCAGAACCAGAACCAGAACCAGAACUGAACUGAACUGAACUCGUUCUGAAUUUGAAACCUUUAUUUUCCGUCUUUCUUUCAGGACUCAGAUGGCGGACGAGGCCGCGCGCUCCGCGGUGUCGAAGCUCGCGCUGCUGAAGACGAACGCGGGUCCUCGUGACCGCGCGCUGUGGCCGCGGCGGCUGAAGGAGGAGUACCAGGUUCUGAUCCAGAGCGUGGAGCAGAACAAGGCGGCGGAUAACGACUGGUUCCGUCUGGAGUCCAACCAGGACGGGACCCGCUGGACCGGAAGCUGCUGGUUCAUCCACGAGCUGCUCCGCUACGACUUCCAGCUGGAGUUCGACAUCCCGGUGACGUACCCGAACACCGCGCCCGAGGUGGCGGUACCGGAGCUGGACGGGAAGACCGCUAAGAUGUACCGGGGCGGUCGGAUCUGCCUGACGGAACACUUCGCUCCGCUCUGGGCCCGCAACGCGCCGCGGUUCGGGCUGGCGCACCUCAUGGCUCUGGGACUCGGACCCUGGCUCGCCGUGGAGAUCCCGGACCUGAUCAACAAGGGACUGGUCACACACCGGGAGCAGCAGGGCGACGCGGCGGAGCGGCAGGGCGACGCGGCGGAGUGACGUCACUGGACGAAACACUAAAACUCUGACUGGAACAAGUUUCAGUAGAAAAUAGUAAACAUGAACAGAGACUGGUGGAACUGAACCUGAGAUCUGACUGGUGAUGAAAACAGUGAAUUAAAAAAAAGCAUGGUGAUGAAAUAAACAGAUUUUAUUUUGAUUAUAAAAAAUAAUUUCACUAUAUAUUUAAGAGUGAUGCGAUGAACAGAAAAAAAUGAACCGACUGACUGGAAAUAUUUAGUGAAAAUGUUCUAUAACAAUUAAAACUGACUAAGGUUAGUCUCAUAAGAGUAAAAAGAUAAUUUCACUAUUUGUUUAAGAGUGGUGCGAUGUUGGAACAGAAAAGAAAUAUAAACCGACUGACUGGAAAUAUUUCAUUAAAAUGUUCUAUAACUAAAA